UCUGUUUACAAUACAAAACGUUUAGGAUGGGUUCUGUUUCACGUGUUUAUCUUCAAGCGGAUGCUUAUUUGAGUUGCAUAACCCAUGCUUUGUCAAACGAAUCUGAAGAAGUCAUGGGACUUUGCAUUGGAGAAAUGGUAGAAAAGGUAACAGGUUGCGAAAUCCAUAUAAGUGCCGUCAUGUUGCUUAGAAGAAUGGAUAAGAGGAAAGAUAGAGUUGAAAUUUCGGUGGAACAAUUAUCAAAUGCAUCAACACACGCUGAGGAACUAGCCAAGAAAAGUGGUAAACCCCUUCGAAUUGUUGGAUGGUAUCAUUCACAUCCUCAUAUUACUGUUUGGCCUUCCCAUGUUGAUGUUCAGACGCAAGCAAUGUACCAAAUGAUGGACCAAUCAUUUGUUGGUCUUAUAUUUUCCUGUUUCAAUGAAAACAAAGCCAACAUGCAAACAAUAGAAGCAACAUGUUUUCAAUCUGUACGAGAAUCACCUGAAUGGGAUGCUCCUCGAUAUCAAAGAAUAGAAAUCCCUAUGCAGAUUGAACGAGGAAAUACAGUGAGUCAGUUCAAUUUUCAAACAUUAACCAAUCUUCCAAAGAUAUUAAUACAAGAAGAAUCGGAGAUGUAUGACAAAGCAUGUGGGUCAUGUGGUGAUGGGGUAAUGACACAAAUACAUAAUGCGUCGGUUCAUGCACAAAGUUUGUGCAAUAUAACGGAAACUAUUACUUCUCCAUUGUUGCAUGUUCUUGAAGCUACAAAUAAAAAACAUGAGAUGGAGUUAGAGAGAAUCAAACUAGAGAAUGAAGAAUUAAAACAACAAAUUGCUGCGCUAUCAACAGAGCUAGAAAUCGAAGUAUAAAUUGGAAACCGUGCGCAUGGCAGAAGUGAGCCUAUCACGGCGUGAUGAAUCAUAUUUCCCAUUUCACAUGAAAUAUCACUGUUCAUGAAAUGAUGUGCCUGGGGAUAUAAAGAAGAGAAUCAGAAAACAUCGAUAUAUUUUACACAUCAACAUUCGUAGUUCCAACUUUCAACAUAUUUAUCACAAUUUAAAUUUGUAGUUCCAACAUAUUUAUAACAACUUACUUGCAUGGAUUGCCACAAACUAAUCGUGAUAUUCUGUUCACAAACUCCGACGUAAGGGAUUCAAAACCUUGAGAUAUCACAGUGAUAUGUUCAUCAAUUGGUUUGCUCACCAUUUCUCUCAUCUGGUUGAUAUCCAACCGACCCCGGCUGUUCUUGAUCCCGACCACGUUUAUCUGAAAUCAAGAAUUGAAAAGACAGUUAAUUUAGUGGUGUGUCGGUUAAAGAAUUAAUAUGUACCAACUUGCACUUAAAUGUAAACGUUAAUAUAUGAU